AGCCCUGUGGCCGCUCCGAACACGUUUUUAUCAAUAUAUUGUAUUCUGUCUCUGCGGCUGUGUCAAGUCACUGCUCCUGAAGUUGGCUCUUUGAUUCCGGAAUCUUCGAUGACCUUGGUCGAGGCCAACCCUCCAUCACCACCACCCUGUAUCUUCAACCCAUCGUCGUACCCGUUCGCCAUCAGCGGACAGUCGUUGGGAAUAUUCAUGCGAGCCAUGGGUCGUUUCGCAGUUGAAUCCGACCGCCUUUGCCACGGAUCGCUUUCUGCAUCGCUGCCCUGCGGUUUUGAAUCAGAGGUCGUUCUGCACCGUAGACAUGGCACUAUCGAGUCCGAGCAGUGCGUCCGCUGAUCAUCGAUUCAGAUCACCC